AUGAGCCGCAUGUUCGUAGGACUCGAGACGUCGUUUGUCCAUGAUUUAGCUGCAACGCUGGACAAGAUUAAUGAAGACAAGAUGAAUGGCGUUGCAGCGCCGCUUUUCCAUCCUCGUUUCAAACGUGAUGACCACGAGCUCUCGGACAACCGCGACGGACCACAAACACGCUCGGAUCUCGUCAUAGAUUCUCGUUGCUGGACGACGUCAGUAGUGGGCAAUAUCUCCAGGUGGAUCGACAUGGAUGCUGCUACACUGGACGUUCGAUUGAGUGCGGAGAAGGCCUUUAAGCAAGAAAUAUUCUGUGCCUCGCACUUCUCCGUGCCGGCUGUAAUGCUGCCAACGCCGCGUCAUAGCCACAACUCUUCCAACUACGCGCGCGUCCUUAAUCAUUCGCUUACGCAGGCACAAUAUCUCCAGUUUUGGGUGCGUAUCCCGUUGACAGCGAGACAGCAGUCGAAUGCCAAGGAACCUAUGGAAGCAGCCCCUAUUGAGGGUCUUAGUGCUGCUGCCAUGAUGGAGACAGACGAAAAAAAGGAUGGUGACUUGACGGAUCCAUGGGAAGUAUGGGACUCAUUACGCGCUCGCUGCGAGUACAAUCCGAAAGUGUAUGUGGCGCUGGAAAUCACGGCAGACCUACCUAGUAACGAGGAGAUUCAGCGCUGGCUUGGUGAACCAGUUAAGGCAGCGAUUAUACGAACGGAUGUUUUCCUGACAAACCGUAAGGGAUACCCGGCGCUGUCUCAGCGACACCAAGCGCUUAUGGCGCAGCUUUUCCAGUACAAGAUCCAGUUUUACUUGAGUGGGCGGCCCCGCCAUCAUGGAAAGAUCCUGCCGUAUGUGCAAUACCUGCACUAUCUGUUCAGUAAACUUCCAAGUAAGGAUCAAAAGUCGCAAUUUGAGGCGCCUUAUCUAGACUGCCUCCAGGCGCCUCUACAGCCUCUUAUGGACAAUUUGGAAUCGCAAACGUACGAGACGUUUGAGCAGGAUGCCUUCAAGUAUGAUCAAUAUGAGAAAGCUAUUACCAAGGUAUUAGCGCAGACCCCCAAAGACAAGGAAUCCGUUGUGAUAGUUGCUGGCGCCGGGCGUGGACCGCUCGUACGCUGUGCUAUUCGUGCCGCCACUGGCGCAAACCGCAAGAUACGUAUUUACGCUGUGGAAAAAAAUGCAAACGCAAUCAUCACUCUGCGCAACCUCAAGAUUUCAGAGAAAUGGGACAACGUCUCAAUCGUGGCAUCAGACAUGCGUAACUGGCGCUCAAAUGAGCGCGCUGACAUUAUGGUGAGCGAGCUUCUUGGAUCCUUUGGUGACAACGAGCUGUCCCCAGAGUGCUUGUACGGCGCUCAAGACUUGUUGCACGAGAAUGGUGUCAACAUUCCGCGUGAGUACAGGUCCUUCUUGACGCCUGUGAUGUCUUCAAAACUUUGGAAUGAGGUGAAGGGUUACGACACACUCAAGAGCUUUGAAACGCCCUACGUCGUGCGGCUACACAACUUCUACGCGUUGGCGCCCACCCAGAGCUGCUUCCAGUUCACUCAUCCAAAAUUCAACACACGGAUUGACAACAGGAGACAAGUAGAGCUUCGCUUUACCGCCGCGGAGAGUGCUGUCGUCCACGGGCUUGCAGGCUACUUUGAUGCCGUGCUAUACGAUGACGCUACACUAAGUAUCGAGCCAGAAACGCAUUCCGAUGGCAUGUUCAGUUGGUUCCCUCUUUACUUUCCGUUGCGCCAGCCGCUGCGUGUUCAGAAAGGCGAGGAGCUUGUCGUGCACUUUUGGAGACAAGAGUCCAACAACCGUGUCUGGAAUGGGCAAUGGCACUGUUAA